UCAAUAACAGCUAUGGAGCUUAGAGGAUGGUUCCUGAUUUGCGUCUUUGUGGCGGGUGUCUGGGGCCAUUGCUGUCCACCAAAACAGUAUGAAGUCACGGAGGAUGUUUAUGCUGCAGUAAAGAAGAACGGUGCUGUUACAAUUACAAGGGGGAUGCAGCGAGUGGCUUACGAUGUAGUGGGGAAGCGCUUGGCUGUACAUGGUGUAGACUACACGAAAAAUAUCACUUCUGACGUCAUCAUGGAUUAUAAAGCGGGUAAAGAAUACGUUUGGGCCAAUGGUGCCUGUCGUGUACUUCCGUUAGGAAACUUCAGCGAAUCAUGUGUACCAGAGGGAGCGAAACUGUUGGGUAGAACAUACAUGGGGCAGCCACCUAACGAAGUCCCGGUUAACAUGUAUAACUUCAAAAAAGAUACAAAUGACAUGUAUGUCACAGUCACUGAGGAUUGCAUACCAAUGGAGGGCCACUUUUCAAGUGAGGAGAAAGGUUAUAUUGAGUUCAUCGUUUAUUCCAAUUUUUCUUUGGGAAUAACAAAUCCGAGUGUGUUUACUCCUCCCAACAUCUGUGUUCAUCAAGAAAGGAGCCUUCCUCACGUUACCAAGCAAAGAAGGCGAGGGAUAUCAUUAAUAUGAUCAGCCAUUUCAUAUUUAUAAAUGUACUACCGGUGUA